CCAGGUUUUGCUGAAAUGGCCAAACCCCUUUACGCAGUUUCUAAAAACCAACCAUCAUUUGAAUGGUCUGCGGAAGCUGAGCAGGCAUUCCAACAGAUAAAAAGAGCUCUCCUAUCGGCCCCAGCUCUAGGACUGCCCGAUAUCUCUAAACCUUUCCACUUAUAUGUGGAUGAGCACAAAGGCAUAGCCAAGGCAGUGCUAACCCAGCAUUUAGGUCCAUGGCCCAGACCAGUGGCCUAUCUCUCAAAGAAACUGGACCCUGUAGCCGCAGGAUGGCCCCCUUGUCUCCGGAUAAUAGCGGCUACAGCCCUAAUGGUUAAAGAUGCCGAUAAGCUGUCCCUGGGUCAAGAGUUACAUGUCACCACACCCCACGCCAUUGAAGGAGUACUCAAGCAGCCCCCCGAUAGGUGGAUGAGCAAUGCUCGGAUGGUCCACUAUCAGGGACUCCUGUUAAAUCCUUUGCGGAUCACAUACACCCCUCCCCGAACUUUAAACCCAGCCUCGCUGCUACCCGACCCUGACAUGGACUCCCCGCUCCAUGACUGUGCCGACAUCCUAGCACAGAUCCAUGGAACAAGGGAAGACCUACAGGACCGGCCAUUACCUGAUGCUGAGGUCACCUGGUUUACUGACGGAAGCAGCUUCGUCCAUCAAGGACAGAGGUAGCACAAAACCCCAUUCAAGUACUCCCUGCGCAGCUACCAGACCCAGGGCCCCGAGAUUUACCCCCACAGCCUGAAUACUCAGAAGAUGAUCUUAUCUGGAUGCGCAAGCUCCCCAUGACCCAAGUUACAG